AUGGUGCCGAAGAAGUUGCGCAUUCGUGGUGAAGCGCAAGUCCCUGAUGAGAGGAGGGAGCCUACUAGCCAGGAUGCGAAAGCCCUCAUCAUCCCGAACGAAAAAGACAAUUGGACAUAUGACAAGGGGGUUCGCCAGCCGUCGAGCAUGAUUGGAGCUCUUAUUAGGCAGUACUGGCCGGGCUUUUACACUCCGGUCCCCGGCGGCGAGAAGAAGCUAGCCGAGACUUGGGCGGACUAUGAGGCAGCUCCUUGCCCGGGCUUUGGGACAGCUUCUGACGCCGUGUACACCAAGUUUUGGACCCAUUAUAAGGUGCCUGAUGAUAUGGUUGAGCUAGGGAGGGCGGUACUGACUAGGGCUUGUCAGAGGUUGACAAGGCAACAGUGGUACAAUCAGAAGCAUACCUGCAUCGGGCACUUCAAGGCUGAGCAGGGCACGAGGGUCAAGAAAGCUGACAAUAUCAGGGACGAUCCUCAGAUGACAAAGGAAGAUUACUUCAAGGUUAUGCCCCUAUGGUGCGAGAAUAAGGAAGACGCAUUUGAGGCCUUGGUAGCGAGGUGGGUUGGCGAAGACGCCGACUUCAACGCCAAGAGCGCGCGCAACAAGGCAAACCGGGGCACUGGAGGAACACACAGUGCGGGAAGCCGCAGCACUGAGCGCUACAGGAAGCACAAGGAGGCGGAACUCGGGGAGCCUCUCACCGAGGUGGGAGGGUGGCAGAAGAUGAAGGUGAAGCAGCCCGAUCUGAGCCAGCCUCAGCCCUCGCUGCCCGAGUACUUCGGCUAUGCCGAAGAGGAGUUGGAGAAGUACUGCUCGGUGUUCAAGGGUCUUCAUCCGGAGGUGGAUGAUCCUAUUGAGCAGGAGACCGACUUGACGGCGAUUAUGGUGGCGGGGAGCGGCGCGGAGCAUGGCCGCACGAAGCUUCUUAGUGGGGUGAUCAAGCCGCAGAGGACCCUCACGCAGAUCAGGUCUACCCUCACCACCGGCGACCCACCGGUCGCGCCUCCUCGACUACCGUCGUACGGAUGCUCACUUUGA